AUGAUUGGAAUGAUGAACGGAGGUUCAGACUCCGUGGAAUUCUAUGGAGCAGCUCGUCAGAGUUCAUUGUACGCUGAACGUCAUAAGAAAGACAGUCGAACAUAUACUCCUGAAGGUCGAGUCUUCAUAAAUGGUAAUCCGGUCUUCCAAGAAUCGCCAGAAGACAUGUGGCAGAGUGUUAUUCACAAAAUCUUAACAAAGCGUUUCAUAGCGAACGCUGAAUCAAAGGCCAACUCAGGUCCAUUGCAAGCUUUACGUCGUUUGUCAUCAAAGUUACGUCCCAAUCAAGUGAAAGAAAUGAAAAAUGGAAAUGAAAUGAGCGCAAAAAGCGAAAUUCCCUCGCAUGUGACGGUAAUUCGAAUUAACAGCAUCGACAAUUCCCGUCUUCUAAAGGCUAACCCUCCGCCACGACCGGCUGAUGCCAUUACAGCAUUCGAUAAUUCAAGUAUUCUUCGACGUUUACUAGAAGAACGAGCCCUUCUGGAUGAAGAAAAAAAUGAAAUUAUUGAGAGUGAUGACGUCACCCCGGACAGUGGACGUGCAAGUUUCGAUGAAAGUGGUGAAGUUGUGAAUUCAAAUGUUGUCGUUGAGCGAUUUUAA